AUGUUAGACCUCACCUGCCUCUGGGCCCUUGCAGCCCUGUUCGUCUGCUUAGAAGCUUCGCCUACCCCAAACUCCCAUGACAACACAAGCCAAGCCAUCGCAAAGCGCGACGCCUGCAACGGCCUCGGAUCCUCGUACGAGAUCGGCAAGACAUACUCCGCGGCCGACUGCCCAACCCUGCAGGAUUUCCUCCCCGAUGGUGUGUGCGACUACACCAAGCAGGCGGCAAAGGACACGCAAUGCAGCUUCUUCUGCCAAGUCAGCACGACCUUCGAAUACAUGACCGAGCAGCCGAUCCCCAACACGUACUGCCGGGGCCCCAACACGUGCACGAUCGCGCACGACCGGGCGCUCACGAGCGGCUUCAACGACGCGGGCCGCUAUCCCGACGCCUGGAUGUACGCCUUCGCCCACGGUAUAUCCGGCGGCUACAGGGUCGAGUUCGACGUCACGGCCGGGCCGGGAAAGUUCGACAUCGCCGAGGGCGAGUGCGGCUACUUCACAUACGUCGGCGUCAUGAAGACGACAUGGUAUGGUAGUGCCCACUCCGUGACCGAAGCAACCCGCCAAGACACCAACACUGGCGUCUGGUGCACGACCCCCCAAAAGACCACGGGCGACGUCUGCGUCCGCGACAUCUGGACCGGUCCCGACGCCACCGCCGCACCAAUCGGCCAAACAAUCUUCGUGCGCACCUCCUGCGACAGCCGCCAACCCACACCAGACCGACAAGACCCGAUCUACGCCUCGCACGCCGCCUUCCCCCUCCCUUUCUCCCAACUUGACGGCAUCCUCCAGGACUGGGUGCACACCAUGGGCGGCCGGGGUCUCAAAGACUCGGCCAUCGGCGCCUGGGGCAAAGAUCUGAAGAACCACCUCCAGAGCAAGUGCGGCGACAUCGCGAAUUGGAAGUUUGACUAUGUCCGCGACCCGGACUGGGACUGGAAGGCGUCGGGCACUGCGCUCGUGGGCGAGAAGAGCUGCGUCGGGCAGGCCUUUGAGGACCUUGGCGGCAACAAGGGGGAUUGCACGGGUUCAGAUUAG